AUGUCAUCCGUGAAUGAAGCCGCAGUGCUGGUGGAUACCCUAAAGCAAGAGCUUACAUCAAGUCUCGAUCGCUUCUGCGUUGACCUGGUGGAGACUGAUACCGACACAGACCCGCUGGACCAAGAACCACGAGAUGAAUUUGAGUUAGCACUGCAGAAGGCAUUACAAACCACGCGCUUUAACGGCCUGGACGACUUGCGUAACACCUUUCUAGCCACGACGCAGCUCACAACGGCGAAUGUGGUCUCGACGGUUGUCACGGCACUUGCCGCUCGAGGAACUCGCCGUAAACGUAGCAAGCUGUCCACACACCCGUUGGUAGCACCAGGUAGUAACCAAGAAACCCGCGAGACGGUAUACGGGGCCCCGAAGUCGUUGUCCGCAAGAUCGAGUAAAUCUCGACGAGGGUCGUCGCCGCACCAAGCUCAACUCCCAACAUUUCGACGGAGUUUACCUGCGUUAUCGGUUCCUACGAAGAGAUUACACCGCGAAUUAUUGCUUGAACGAGAUGCGUUUAUGGCUCAGUUAAUAAGGGAACGGGAAGAGAAGGCGCAGCUGGAAUGCUGGGCAGCGACGCGUAUCCAGGCCUGCUUUCGGGGGUUCCGUGGUCGUCCACAGGUGGUUGCGUACGCUCGACGAAUGAAGAAAUUUGCACUACGGACUGGCUCCAGCAUUCGACUCGAUCUCGCUGACAUGCAAGAGAAUCUACGAGUGCGUAGUAAUCUCGCAGAAGAGAGCGCUGGGAAGGAGACGUCGCUGCUCUGGAGACAAGGCGUCAAAGACCGCGCAAGACGUAAACGAGGCUUUAAAAGCCGACAAGAAGAACACCAAUGCGCAGCCAUACGAGUUCAAUCUUGCGUUCGGAGGUUUCUCGCUAAGAUUGCGUAUCGGCAUCUAGUGGCUCGAGCUCGUGACGAGAGACAUUUGCUCGCCGUUGUCAAGAUCCAGAGUAUUUAUCGAGGCUUUUAUCUUCGCGCGUGGAUCCAUCGGCUCGUUCCUAGAAUGAAAAAUGGUGCGGCGGUGCAGAUCCAAGCUCUAGUUCGUGGGAGCCAAGCCCGCGAACGUGUGUCCAUGCUUUUGUUUGAGCGAAAAUGUGAAGAACGACGGAGUGCGGGGCUUCCGUUUCAAGUCGCGUUGGGAGCUCGUGCGUCGAUAAUUCACAAAAGUGGGCUCGCUUCUGAUAGCUCUGCAUCGUCGCUACGAGUUUUGUACGAGACACGAAAGUCCCAUGCCACACUCGACUUCAAGACCGAAAAGUGGCAUGACGAGCGAAGAUUCCUGCGAAUUUACGUAAGUUCUUGUCUGUUUACAUCGAUAAAAGUUUUUUUUUUUUAA